AUGAAUAAGUUUGUGUCGAAAUAUGCUUCUUCACCUUUAACUUUACCUCAAGAAGAAAGCUUUGGCCAAGUCUGUGGAAAAUGGGAUGCAGCACAAGCUUAUGCUGUUCCUUCAUUCGACAUUCCAAACGUUCACAACCCUGUAGAUUUCUUAAAAAAUAUUACUGCUGAAGACUCUCCCGAUUAUAAGAUUAAGAUUCAACACGGUACAACUACGCUUGCUUUUCAAUUUCAAGGUGGUGUUAUUGUGGCUGUCGACUCUAGGGCUACCAUGGGCAAUUAUAUUGGAUCACAAACUGUAAAAAAGGUCAUUGAAAUUAAUCCAUAUCUGCUUGGUACUAUGGCUGGUGGUGCUGCCGAUUGUUCAUUUUGGGAACGUGAGUUAGGUAGACAAUGUCGUUUGCAUGAAUUAAGAAAUAAGGAACGUAUUUCAGUUGCUGCCGCAUCAAAACUAUUAGCCAAUAUGGUCUAUCAAUAUAAGGGCAUGGGACUUUCCAUGGGUACAAUGGUAACAGGUUGGGAUAAAUCAGGCCCCAAUCUUUUCUAUGUAGAUUCGGAUGGCUCUAGAUUGAAGGGAGAUAUCUUCUCUGUUGGUUCAGGUUCUACAUUUGCUUAUGGUGUUUUGGAUACAGGUUAUGAUCAUGAUCUAUCAGUAAAGGAUGCUUUGGAAUUAGGUAGAAGAUCUAUCUAUCAUGCUACUCAUCGUGAUGCUAUGUCUGGUGGUUCUAUUAAUUUAUACCAUGUUACAGAAGAAGGCUGGACAUAUCAUGGUAAUCAUGACGUUGGUACGCUUCAUUGGGAGUAUCAAGAUGGUAUUGCAAAGGAUAUUAUUUAA